AAGGUGUAGUAGAAUCGGACUCAAUCUAAUACAUUCUUCCAAGACGAAGAGGAAGACUUGAAAGAUGGUUGAUAUCUCGGACGCCCCGCCUGCGUAUCCCACGCUCGCUGGCAAGACUGCGAUUGUUACCGGUGGCUCUCGUGGCCUGGGUGCCGGCAUUGCAUAUGAGCUGGCUCGACGAGGUGCAAGGGUCAUCAUCAACUACACGAGCUCUAGCAGUGAAAAGCUGGUCGACGAGCUCAUCUUGAAGAUUGCUGCAUUAAAAAAUGGCUCUUCUGGCGUCAAAGUCCAAGCGGACAUAUCGUCGCUCGAGGCCCCGGCCAAGGUUAUCGCGGCUACUGUCAGCGAAUCACACCCUCACAUUGACAUUCUGGUCAAUAAUGCUGGCACGGAAGUCGUUCGACCUCUCGGAGAAAUUACCGCGGAGGAUUACUCAAAGGCCUUUGAUCUCAAUGUGCGAGGCACCAUCAUGAUGACACAGGCGAUUUUGCCUCAUCUUCGUGCACCUGGCCGCAUUAUCAAUAUCAGUACCAUCGGCUCAAGGGCAGGGUUUCCCGGUGUUUCGCUGUACGCGUCGUCAAAGGCCGCCAUUGAAGGCCUGACUCGUUGCUGGGCACACGAACUGGGCGACCAAGGUCACACUGUCAAUACGGUGAACCCGGGCCCAGUACGAACCGAGUUGCUCGCUCGGACCGUACCCGAAGAGGCGAUUCAACUAACAAAGGCCCUGACAGCCGUCGGCCACCGUCUUGGAGUUCCAGACGACAUUGCGCAGAUUGUUGGUUUCCUUGCCGAAGAGGGAAGCCGCUGGAUUACAGCACAGAGUAUAUCAGCGUCCGGUGGAUUCGCUCAGUAUUAGUAUCUGUCUCCAUAGGCAAUUGAGAGCGGAACAAAAGUUGCUCGGGGGUUGUGGUUGAUGCAACCUUUCAAGUUAUAAGAACAUUAUAAAUGCAGACAUUUUCAGAACCAUAUAAUGGCUUACGAUAGCUGAGUGCCAAUUUUGAUCCAUGGCUGAUUUUGUGUAGCCAACUUUUCCGGUGAAAAAGCUCCACUCAUUACGACG